AUGAUCUCUGGAGUGUCUGACAUUUGUGGUACCUCCUACUCUGCAGAAAAAGGGCAUGCCAAGGUUUCCAAAAUGGAAAAUGAAAAAGGACCACAAAAAAACACAAUGAUUACCAACCAAAAGGAGAUCAUGUUCGAUGAAACGGACAUGCUAGACGUCCAAGAUCCUCACCACAACGGGCUAUUGAUUACUCUUUAUAUUGCCAACCACUUCGUCAGAAGGUUGCUUGUCGAUGGAGGAUCAUCAGUUAACAUCAUACUCGUGGAUGCACUAAAAAUAAUGAGCAUCUUGGAAUCUGAGAUAGUUACAAGAUCCUCAGUAUUGAUUGACUUCAGCGGAGAAACUAAACACACCAUCAGCAAGAUAAAGCUACCAAUCUACAUAGAGGGAGUAGAUUUUGUUCAAUGUUUUUGUGUAAUUGAUAAAUUAUCUUCUUAUAAUGUCAUAUUAGGUAGGCCAUGGAUCCAUGAAAUGAAGGCCGACCCAUCAACGUACCAUCAGUGCGUGAAGAUGUCCACCCAUAGGGGACAAUGA